CUUGGAGGGAAGAAUGGUAGAAAGGCAAAAUCACAGAAGGUAGUGAGGGUGUGUGGAUGAGGCACCACUGGACUGGGAACUAAACCUGCUGAACCAGUUGAAGAAAUUGGUUUAGUGUUCAUUUCUGAAUUUAAUUCCUAACAUGAUUAUAGAAUUCUCAGAUUUCUCUUAUGUCCUGUUACCUGACUGUUCAUUGGACUCCUUAUGCGACCCAGUGGUAAAAAGUCUAGAAACACCUCUGUGUGGCUCAGAGGUAGAGUGGCUUGUCUACUUCUCUCCUCCAGUUCUUAUUUUAAAGUGUCCCUAAACAUAAUACUGAACCCCAAAUCCACCCAUCAGUUUGCAUGUGUGUGCUACAGAAAAGGGUUAAAGUAUAGUGAGGAUAGCACUUAAUGAAUGUGUUCAUGUGUAAGUAAAGUAAGCAUAGAAAAGAACAACUUAAAUACCAGUCGAGUCCUGUUAGUCCCUCAGAUUUCAAGCUCGUGGCUACACAGCUGUGGCGGCUCGCACAAUAGAGUUUAGCCUUUUUCUGUGGCUCAGAGGAAUUUCAAAUACUAUGCAAGAUAAUGCAAAUGUAAAAAAAAAAAGGAAAAAUAUUAUUAUUUAGUGAACUGUUUGCAAAAAAUAUGUUUUUAUAUUUUCCACACCUUAAAUUCAUCAGCCCAUACUCACUGUAUUCUGUCUGUUGUAGAUGUGGGAACACGACCAAAGGGAGAGAAGAUUCCUCAUGAGCAGCAGAUCAAGUUCUUUGGAAAGGUCGUCCUGCCGUUGGUGGAUCAGUACUUUAAAAACCACAGGCUGUACUUCUUGUCCACGGCCAUCCAUCCCAUCAGCAGUGGUGGCCAUGCCUCUAACAAGGAGAAGGAAAUGGUGACCAGUCUUUUCUGCAAACUGGGAGUUCUUGUCAGACAUAGGAUAUCCUUGUUUGGGAACAAUGCCACUUCCAUUGUCAACUGUCUGCAGAUACUGGGACAAAGCCUGGAUGCCAGGACAGUGAUGAAGACGGGCCUGGAGUCAGUGAAGGCGGCUUUACGGUCAUACUUCGACAGCGCAGCGAAGGAUCUGGAGAAGACUCAGGAGAACCUGAAGCUCGGCCAGUUCACUCACAGCAGGGACCAACCACGAGGAGCGACUCAGAUCAUCAACUACACGACCUUCGCCCUGCUCCCCGUCCUCUCCUCACUGUUUGAACACAUCGGACAGAACAUGUUUGGAGAAGACCUCAUUUUGGGUGAUGUCCAGGUUUCCUGCUACAGAAUCCUUAACAGCCUCUUCCUUCUGGGAACCAACAAAAGUAUCUAUGUUGAGAGGUAGGAAACAUCCAUGGUCCACAUGUGAUAGAUUUAGUAAAAAUAUGUUUCACGUCGCAUGCAGUAGAGUUCAGAAGAAUGAGACCACAUUGAGAAUCUGUCCUGGUUUCAUGUAAACCUGGAAAUGAUCAAAUAUGCUUGAUUCAGGAAUAUUCAAAAAGAGAAUUAUUAUGUAAAAUGAAGAAGAAAUAUAGUACUAUGAAAGUCUUGAGCACUUUUCUGUUGUUUUUAUUUUAUUUAUAUUCCUAUUAUUUAGAGAUUGAUUGAAACAAGCAAACAUAAAUACAGUAUGUAAGGUAAAAACAAGUACUCAGCACUUUUCCAUGGUUGAUGAACGGAUUGUUUCCCUGCACCUUCAGGUUGAGAUAUGGGUUGUAGGAUGUAGGAUUGGUGGCUGUAUGUCUUGGACACUCAGGUGGAGAUAGGAGCAGAUCUGUCAGCUGAUACCACCAGGUGCUGAAUUGGAUAUAGUGGUGGGGGAUUAAGUUGGAGAGGCCUGGCGUGCCCAAACGGAUAAGUAGCAUGCACUGGGAAUGUAUGGCAGAGGCCCCGUUUCGUGACAUCUUCAACUUCUAUGUCCGGCAGAACUUCAACAGCAUCCUGAGGGUGGUUGGGAUGUUAAGUCUGAAUGGACCAGGUUCCACACCUCCAUUGCUGAGGCAGAUUUACGGUGCUGCUAAUAAUAAAUAUAAAAGCCUAUUAAAUAAAUAAAUGACCUAUUAAGUAAUAAUGGCUGAGUCAAUAAGUCAAUUCAAAAUGCAGAAUGUAGACUGUAUAUUCGGAGGUGUGGCAGUUUGGCACAGUUCAUCAGACUCAUAUCAUCUGGAAAAACUCAUCUUCAGACUGGUGGAUCUCGCCCCAGAUGCUGCGCAGCCUCCAGCUUGAAGGGAGG